AUGGCUCGUACUAAACAAACUGCCAGAAAAUCUACUGGAGGAAAAGCUCCGAGGAAGCAACUGGCGACGAAAGCGGCUCGGAAAAGCGCCCCAGCUACCGGUGGUGUCAAGAAGCCUCAUCGUUAUAGGCCGGGAACUGUCGCCCUCCGGGAAAUUCGUCGUUAUCAAAAAAGUACCGAAUUGCUGAUCAGGGAAUUGCCAUUCCAAAGGUUGGUCCGUGAAAUCGCCCAAGAUUUCAAGACCGAUUUACGUUUCCAAAGUUCAGCGGUAAUGGCUUUGCAAGAAGCCAGCGAAGCCUACCUGGUUGGUCUUUUCGAGGACACUAACCUUUGCGCUAUCCAUGCCAAGCGAGUGACCAUCAUGCCCAAGGACAUCCAAUUGGCCAGACGUAUCAGAGGCGAACGUGCUUAA